CUGCCGCGUGCUGAUGCUAACAGCAUGUUUGUGGGCACGACCUGCCACCACGUGCCCAUGCCCACAAGCGUGUUCGGAUGGGCUUCCGCUCGCCCCCCUCUCACACAGCUGAUGAGUGUUGGCGCUGACAGCGUGUUGGUGGGCGCGUGCUACGACCUGACGACGGAGGCACCAAGGCAGAAAGAUCAGCAGAGGCGGCAAGCGACACCACGAGCACCUUCCGGAGGAAUAAGAGUGCAAGAUUUGCACCUGCAUGCAUGGCAUGCUGUUGGGACUGGCGUAGCUGCUGCUCAGCACGCCCCUCAUGGGAGAGCAGUGCUCAUACGGGAACAUGGUCAUCCGCGCGCCCCUCAUGCCCUCAUGGCACAAUCUCCUCAGAAUCAUCUCCAAUGUGCUGGACCUGUCCAACACCGAGAAUCAGAGCGCCCUUAUGCCAGUGCUGUGGGACGUCACGUGCGAGCGCCCUCUGCUGCAGCAACAGUGAGCAGAACCGUCACGUGCAUGCGUCAAGCAGGCCACGGCUCUGCUCUCCCUUGCUGCAGCAGAGAAGGGCCAUCAG